UCCUGGCCGCCGUUUCCAGAAGCACGUGGUUCUAACCGAUUGCACGCUAGUCGCGCAGUUGUAAUCUCCAGCUUUAGAGUGCAGCCGAGCCGACUGAUUGAACCAGCGUUCAAGCAUACUAGAAAGACCUCGUCCUUCCGAAAGACUCGUAUAGGUCCUGACAGACGCGAGUAUGGCGAUUGCAGUUUCUCAAAUUAGGAAGGUCGCCGCUGCGUUGGCGGACGAACAAUGGGGCGACGACCCUCCGCCGUUGAACUCUUACUUACCUCCCUACGCUCCUCCUCCUACCCCGGCCUUAACAUCUAAAUCGGCCUUUUCUCCCGUAAUACCGCAACGAAGCUUCCCCGCUCCCCUCAUGUCUGAACUUGCGUUUUCUCCUCGCUCCCGCAGCUCGGACGUUUUCUCGCCGGCCUUUCUUGAAUCGCACUCAACCGCAAAGGGCUACGUCAAGACCGCGCAGGAUCUUGAGAAACUGCAAUCGCAGCCGCGGCUGCUCCUGCUGCAACCAGACCCGGAUGACGCCGAGCAGAUGAACGAGGACCGGCAGCUGUGCGACAAGAUGCGAGCAAUGCAGCUCGAGCGAUUCCUCGACGACUGCCUAGCGAGCGCCGUCGCGUCGCAGACGCCAAUUGUCGCAGGGGUUUCGCACCCCGCUCCGCUCCUCCCAGGACUGCCUCCCGUCGCCUUCAGCACGUCCAGCUGUAACAGCGAGCCGUCGGAGUGUAGCCGCCUUUCGCUAAGCUCGCGGUCGCUGUCGCACGCGCCGUCGCAUGCACCGUCGCAGUCGCAGUCGCAAGCGUCGCCCAGAGCGGCGCAGAAGCAUGGUGGCAGCGAAUCUUCCUGGCCGGUGUCGCCACGGGGUCACGCGUACGGCGAGUCGCUCAUGGAUCAAGUAGACGAGGACUGGAUCCGCACGCAGGCAGCUAAACAGACCCGCGCGUCUGCUGCUUCCGCUGCUGCUGCUGCUGAUGACGACGAGGGGAAUGACGAAGAGGAUGCUGCUGAGGGGGAAACCGAGGCAAGGGAAGGAGGGGAGACGGCCGGGGAGAAGGAGGAGGGUGUAGCAGCCAGCCGGUUGACGCCAUUCAAGAAGGAUGGUUCCGCGAAUCCGCCGCACGAGAAAGCCAGCCACGGCAGCAGAGCGAGCAGCGUGAGCAGCGGCGCGGCUGGGGUAGUAGAUUGGGUAGCAGGUAGCAGUUUUAACGCGUCUAGUAACAAGUCGUCCCCCGGUCUUCCCACUGACGACUCCCCGCAUCCCGCCAAUCCCCCCUCCGCGCCCCCAUCCGCGCCCCCUUCCGCCCCCCUCUAUCGCGAACGGCCCUCCUGUCCCCCCGCGUUCGCCUUCCCCCAGUCACAACCUCCCCCAGGAAACGCCGCCGCCGAACUAAAACCGCUCCGCCCGCCGCCCGGCGCGUAUCGGCGGUCCGUUUCGAUGGUUGACGUGGACAAGGGCAAGAGCCACGUGUCAAGCGCUAGGGUUACUGAGCGUCUAAGCUCGCUGCGAAUCUCGUCAUCAGGGUCGGUUGAUUUUCCGGGCCUGAAGCGAUUCGCCGACGUCGCCGGCGACGCAGGCGACAUCGCCAAGCGCGCCGAGCCAGUCGAGAGGCCCGAAGACGUGAUUUGGAAGAAUCUAAUCGCUUCCGCCCAGGUACACAACCGCGAGCUUACUGGGCUUCGCGAGGCGUCUUGUAACGCGAAUGAGCGGGUCAGAAGCGGCAACAGUGGAUGUGACAGUACCGAAGGUUUAGGAUCUUCAAGCGCGAAACUGAAAACGGUCACAGUGCUAGAGGGAUUGAAGGAGGAGGAAGAAGAGGUGAGCGCUCAGGAGGUGCCCCCUCGAGAGGUAACUUCACUAGAGAUUACUCCUCGUCCUUCUACUGCUGCUACUGACGUGGCCUCUACGCCUGUAGCCGACGUGCCUUGGACGCCGUCAUUUGAUCGAGACGGACCUAUGCCGCCGUCCACGCCGCAAUCCGCGGCGGAGUCCGCGGCGCAGAGGGUGGCGCGGAAGGCGGCGCAGAGCGCGUGCCUUGCGCCCGUGGCGGCGCAGUCCCCCCGGCGGCGCAACAGCGGGCGGUUCCGCAAGCAGGGGUCCGGGAGGGGGUUUGACGCGCCCCAGAGGCAGGGGUCGGGCCGGGGCCUGGCGGGACUGGCCUCCCCAGCAGCAGGCGCAGGCGCAGGGGGGAGCAGACUAGGCGGGGGGAGGACUAUGUCUAGAAUGUCGUCUGUCAAGAAAUGGCGGGUGCUGAACGCGCUGGUACGCCAGAUGAAUAUAGAGGAGCCGGAGGAGGAGGCCGCUGAUGGUGUUGGCGCAAGCAGCAGCAGCGGUAGCGGCGGCGGCGGCGGCGGCGGUGGGGGCAGGGGCGGGGGGGGCGGGUUCGCGGCUGCUGAAUCUCAUUCCGGGGCGGAGAAGACGGAUUUGGCGGACAGGAGCGGGUGGGGGGCGCCGAGCUUCUCAGGGAUGAGCGUGGGCGGGGAGACGGAGGGCGGGGGGGGGCAGACAGAGGAAUUCUCCGCGCCGUGGAGUUUCGGGAGCAUGGGGGAUGUGGAGCGGUUCAAUAACUCCGCGGGGGGCGGGUACGCGGAUUACAGCGUGGCUGCUGCGAGCGUGUGCCAGGUGUCGCCGGCGAUCUUUGAGGCGCACUUGCACCUGGCGGAGACGAUGGCUAGGGAGGAGUUGGAGAGGCAACAGCAGCAGCAGCACCCCAAGACGCCGAGAACGCCGAGGGGCAUGAGUUUCCGCAGCAACUCUCGCCGCCAACACAAAACCUGGGACCCCCACCACGUGUCCGUGCGAGCAGCCAAGGUCAAGCGCGCCAUCGGCCAUGUGCUGCGCAAAGUCACCGCCAAGCCCCUGCGCUUCCUGCGCAAACUCAACCCUGUGAGCAGGGCUGCAUGAACGUGUGGAUUCACUCUUUGCAAUGUGACCACAAAUUGAACAAGUUACCACCACAAUCCUCUCGUUACAGUUCCUUGCGCAACCCAACAAUGAUUUGGGUGGAUAACCUCACCGUACCAUGCACCGGAGGCCAUACGUUGCAACAUUGGAGGAAGGUGCCAUGGGGCUUUUUGACAUAUGGCGGGAAACUUGAUCUGGGGCAUUAGCUGGAGCCGUUCUCUGAAUGUAGCAAACGCCAACAAAAAUAUUCUGGGUGCCAGGUGCCACUCUUCAGGGUUGCAAUACUACAACUUUCUGUACGGCAUGCUGCCCAUCACCUUGUGGUCGUUUGUUGAAUAGUUGACUGCAGUGUUGAUUUGACAUAAACAAGGAAUGAUGCA